AUGUUUGCCGAUUCAACCCAAGAAAGUUUGCCAAGCAAAGCUUUGGUCGAAAAUUCUUCGGUAAUAAAUAUGCAAAAUUUUUCUAAAACGCGGUCACCUGGAACCAGAAGACAGUUUUUGUCAAGUCAAAAAAAUCGACAAAGGAGACGAGAAGCCAAAAACCACGAACUUGGUGUUGGCUUGCAUAGGAACGUUUCUAAUCCAAAUACUUCGCGUUCUUCGAGUGAUGUGUCCUCAAUGUAUUCAGACAACGAGCAAAAAAAUUCGUCCUUUUUACAAUUCCCAGAAAUAAUCCCACAUUAUUUUACAGACUUAACAUCUCCCAUUUCAACGCCAUUUUUUGAUUACGCGUCACCUCUUAUCACUACAAAUUCUCAGGCUAUGUCAACAUCACUAUUAGAUGAUGUCUCUCAUGCCACGUCAAUGCCAUCGCUUAAAUUGGUUUCACCUCUUAUCAAUUUCUCUAUGGAACCUCAAACCACAUCAAUUCCGUCACUUGAAUUACCAUCACCACUUGUCAAUUUCAUCACGGAACCUCAAAACAUAUCAAUGCCAUUUUUGGGUGAUGCAACACCUCAUACCGAUUUCAUCACAGAUCCUCCACCUCUUCUCAAUUUCUCAACGGUGAAUCCGACAUCUCUUACCAAUUUUACCACGAAUUCCCAGGCUAUGCCAUUAGUUAAUUCUGAAAAAACAAUCAACCGGUUUCAUAAUGGAGCAAAUUCCAUUGAAAAAGAUGGCACGUUUUAA